AUGGGAGUACAGGGUGAUCGGGAAGCAGGUUCAGCUGAAUCAAGUGUGGACUUUACAGCAGAUCUUGCUGCGGUGACCAGUGCUGUUUGGCAGGUGAUGAGAAGAAGAGAGACACAACACUUUGGGAGAAUAUUGGAGUUCUUGGAAUCAGUCCAUGAGCAAGUACCAGGUCUGCUUUGUUACAAGCACCAUGCAAAACUCAGUGUAGGCCUAAGAGGAAAGAUGGUGCUUGACAUGGUUGAGAAAAGCUGCUCACUGAUGUCAAUUCUGACAGCACUAAACCUCCAUUUUCCCCCAAGGUUACCUGAUGAACCAAAUGCAGUGUUGCGGGACCACUCCAGACUCCAACGGUGUCAUUCACAUUUCCGUAAACUGGUUCUUCGUAUGAUACGGGAUGAGAGGUUCCGAAGGAAUUAUGUGAAGACAAAGCUACACAAUGAAUAUGGGGAAACCUUCAUGGCCAGCUUGGAGAAACUGCUGUGGGAAUUUCUUUACCAGCUACAGACUGUUUUAACUCACCAGCCUUCAGAGAACCCAGAGGAAAGUCUACUAACACAGCUGCCUGGAACCCAGAAACAAGAUAUUUCAAACAACUGGCUCUUUCCAGGAGAUGACCAUACUUCGCCCAGCUGUUCUCUUCUACAGAAUGAGUCACAUCUAAAUUCUUCCAAGUCGCCUGCUAUGUUUACUGUGGGGGAGACGAAAAUGAGGAAAAACCAUAAUUCUGUCACUGUGGAAAAUGGGGAACAAGAUCCUCUUUUACCUACGCAGUGUGAGAGUGAACAGGAUUCUGCUCAGCCAAAGCAAACCUUGAUGGGUUCCAAGGCCUCGCUGCCACAUGUGACUGAUUUUGAGUCUUCUGGAGAUGAAGCAUUACAUAAUAAAAAACAAGUCACUGGUAUUGAGCUUUGUAGUACUGGAACUUUAUCUAAGCCCAGUCUAAAGAGACCACGGUGUAAGACAUCUGUUUUUGAUAUUUUUGGAUGGGAUUGCAGUUUGAGAAUGGAGGUAGAUAGUCAUAGAAACAUAUCUCCUCCAAACCCAUUUCAGUCUCAAGAAAUGGAAACAAUGCUGGGAAAAAAUGUGUGA